CACACAUAGAGCAGAACGAUUCGCCUGUUAUUAUUCUUCCUACAUAUAUAUCCUCUUCACUUGUAAAAUCUUUCUCUUUCUCUAUACCUAUCUCUAUCUUUCUCGUUCUCUCUCUCUAUCUAUCUUUCCUUUUUCUAUCGGUCGUUCGAAAAAAAGGGAUCGAAGAAUAUCUCGAACUGCGGUUUUUUCGUUCGUUCGUUCGUUCGUUCUAUUGUUACAUUCUCGUGUUCGUCGUUGUUGUUAUUGCUGUUAGAACUGCUGGCUGCUGCUAUUGCUGCUCCUCUCUUGAUCGAUUCCCCGGCGAGAGGUUGCCGGGUGGGAAAAGUAAGCGUGCGUGCGUGCGUGCGUGCCGCGGACGACGUCUCGCGAAGAGAAACGAAGUGAGAGGAGCAGAGAAAGAUAGAUAGAUACAGAUAAAUAGAAAGAGAAAGAAAGAAAGAGAAAGAGAGAGGCCGGAACGCGCGACCGCCUACUGACUUUUCUUCGCGCCGUCUAGUGGUGGUAGUGGUAGUGGCAGUGUAGUGGUGGGGUAGUGUGGUAGUAGUGUGGUGGGGUGGUGGUAUAGUAACGGCAGUGAUAGUAGUGGUGGCGGUGCUGCUAGUGGUGGUGGUGGUGGUGGUGUGGUGGUGACUUUGGCGAAGGUGUAUUGGCCGAGAGAGAGAGCCGACGACAGGACACGAGUACAUACGCCGCCGACAAAAGAGGGCUGUUAUGGAGCGAAGCUGUCGUCUGCUCUUCCUGUUCCCGCCGGUGCACCUGCUCACGAUAUUCGUCGCUUCUCUCACACUGACAGAUGCUUUCUCUGUCGACAGUAAACCGGCUUGUCCAUUAAGACAAUUUCGCUGUACGAACGGCAGAUGUAUACCUAUGACUUGGGUAUGCGACAAAACGGACGACUGUACGGAUAAUUCCGAUGAGAUUCCUGUGUUAUGCAAAGGUACUCAACAAUGCGGGGAAAACGACUUCAAGUGUGUCAGCGGCAGGUGCAUACCUGGGAUAUGGCAUUGCGACGGGGAAAAGGAUUGUGACGACGACUCUGAUGAAGAUCCGAAUAUUUGCAAGCCACGAACAUGCAACAACGAGGAAUUUCAAUGCAGUUCAGGGGAAUGCAUACCAAAUAACUGGGUAUGCGAUCAUCAAAACGAUUGUCAGGACAGCUUGGAUGAGAAACAUUGUAACAGAACGAAUAAUUGCACCGCAGAACAAUUUACUUGUCGUUCGGGAAAUGGCGAAUGCGUUGCAUUAACAUGGAUGUGCGACGACAAUCCAGACUGUUCGGAUGGCUCGGACGAAGCUGAAUGCAAUGAUACUUGUCGAUCCGAUGAAUUCACAUGUGCAAACAAGCAUUGCAUCCAACAACAUUGGGUCUGCGAUCAUGACGAUGAUUGUGGGGAUGGCAGCGAUGAAAAAAAUUGUAGUCCAACUACAUGCAGUCCUACUACAGAAUUUGCUUGUUCAGAAAACUACUGUAUCACAGCACAAUGGAGAUGUGAUGGUGAUUAUGAUUGUCCUGACCAUUCUGAUGAAAUUGGUUGUAAGGGAAUUACAUCUGGACAGAGACCAAACCAUUGUGAUAAGAAAGAAUUUAACUGUGAUGAUGGUGUUACUUGCAUACAUCAAACAUGGGUAUGUGAUGGCGAUAAAGAUUGUCCAAAUGGUGCAGAUGAAUCGCCACAAAGAUGUCAUAACAUUACUUGUAGACCUGAUCAAUUCCAAUGCGAAGAUCGCCGUACAUGCAUACCAGGUCAUUUAUAUUGCAAUGAUAAAGCCGAGUGUUCUGAUGGGAGUGACGAAAAGAAUUGUACAAUGAAAGCUGCUGUAUGCAAUCCAUUAACACAAUUUGAAUGCAGUGAAGCUUCGUGCAUUCCCAUCGAAAGUGUGUGUGAUAAGAAAAUGGAUUGUCUCAAUUGGGAGGAUGAACGUGCUGAUCUUUGCAAUGUAGAUGAAUGUGCCAAAAAUAAUGGUGGAUGUUCACAAUUAUGUAUUGAUCUUCCUAUUGGCUAUCGUUGUGAUUGCAAAGCAGGUUACAAGUUGAUUGACAAUCGAACCUGCGAUGAUAUUGAUGAAUGCUUAGAGCCAGGAAGCUGCUCUCAAUUUUGUCGAAAUGAGAAAGGAACGUUUAAGUGUAAUUGUGCUCCUGGUUAUCUAAAAGAUCCCAAGAAUUUAACACGUUGUAAGGCAGCGGAAGGUCAUGCCAGCCUUCUUUUUGCUAGGAGACAUGAUAUUAGGAAGGUAGCUUUGGAUCGUCAAGAAAUGACGGCGAUUGUUAAUAAUACUAAAAUGGCAACAGCUUUAGACUUCGUCUUUCGAACGGGUAUGAUAUUCUGGAGCGAUAUUACAGAAAGAAAAAUUUAUAAAGCACCAAUAGAUGAAGGGAAUGAUCGUACGGUUGUAAUCGAAGAUGAUUUAACCACAUCGGAUGGAUUAGCAGUAGAUUGGAUAUAUAGUCAUAUAUAUUGGACCGAUUCUGGAAAAGAUACAAUAGAAUUAGCUAAUUUCGAAGGAAACAUGAGAAAAACUCUUAUUAAAGAUCGCAUACAAGAGCCACGAGCUAUCGCCCUAAAUCCUUUGGAUGGUUGGAUGUUUUGGACUGAUUGGAGCGACGAAGCUCGUAUAGAGAGAGCCGGUAUGGAUGGUUCUCAUCGUUCAGUUAUCAUCGGACACGACAUAAAGUGGCCAAACGGAUUGACUUUGGAUUUAAUUGGUAAAAGAUUAUAUUGGGUAGAUGCUAAACUUAAUUUUAUAGCAUCUUGUAACUAUGAUGGUUCAGGAAGACGAACAGUUCUUUAUUCAACAGAAAUGUUGAGACAUCCAUUUAGUAUUACAACUUUUGAAGAUUAUGUUUAUUGGACAGAUUGGGAUAAAGAAACCAUAUUUAAAGCAAACAAAUUCACUGGCAAAGAUGUAGAGCUUGUUACAUCUGUAAGGUCACCUCAGCAACCAAUGGUGGUACACGUGUAUCAUCCAUAUAGGCAACCUGAUGGAAUGAAUCAAUGUCAGGCUGUUAAUGGUCAUUGCAGUCAUUUAUGUUUACCUGCGCCUAAGAUUAAUUCAAGAUCUCCACUUCUUAGUUGUGCAUGUCCAGAUGGACUGAGGUUGCUAUCUGAUGGGCUAAUGUGUGUAGAAAAUGUAACUACUACCGUAGCACCAACAACACAACAAAGUGCUAAACCAUUUCAUAAACUUGAACUUCAGAACAUUACAACAACUACUCAUCCAAUAACCUCGAUGGAUAAUGGAAAAAAUGAUUCUGCAAGUGAGUCAACAGAUCCUGGUCUAGUUGCUGGUAUUGUUAUAGGCGUGGUAUCUUUAGGCCUAUUAUUACUUGCAUUAGUGGCAGUAUUAUGCUAUAGGCAUUAUCUUCAUCGUAAUGUUACAAGUAUGAACUUCGACAACCCUGUAUAUAGAAAAACUACUGAAGAUCAGUUUAGUCUCGAAAAGAACAGAUUUCCCCAUCCUGCUGCUACAGUCGGAGAAGAGGCUCAGGAACCAUUAACGAGUCCUGGAACUAAUGACUACGUUUAAGGCUUAAUCUGUCAAUGAAAUGGGAUUAGCAGACUUAAAAAAGCAUUGAUCAUGUAACAAAAUCAUGUAAAAACUGAUGUAAUGUAUUUACAUCUAAUGAGCCUGUUCAAAUGUAUGCCUGUGUCUGCCCACCUGCCUGCCAACUCAGCUGUGAUUAUGUUUAUUUUUUGUACUGUUUAUUUGUUAACAAAUUUUUGUGCAUUAUCAUUCGAAUAUACUAACAUACAUGAAACAUUUAGAUUUGCUCUAAGACAUAAAGGGAGAAAUGUCUAGGGAUAUAUACGCAUGAUAACUGUUGUAAAGUAAGUAUAACAAGGAUUAGAUAUUAAAUACACUUCAAAUCCUGUACUUCUACAUUUUUUAAAAGCUAAGUACAUAGUUUCGUCAAAUAUAUCAUAAUAUAAUGUAGAGUCAAAGAUAUUUACAAUCAGUAAUAUUUUGUCUCUUCUUGCACAUUAAAUAUUGAUAUUAUAUACUAAUUAUGUCCAUUGUACAUUUAUUCUAUAUCUAUUUUAUAGAAGAAACUAUUCUUUCAUAUUGCUAUUUACAAGUGUCAAUAAAAAAAAAAAAAAAAAAAAAAGGAAAUACUUCUGUUUUUAAAGUAAAAGUAUAUAUAUUUUCCAAAGUUAUACAGACAAAGAUUUAAAUUAUAAUAUCAAUACUGUAUGGAUGUCUAUAUUGGCUUAAGUAUCUAGAAGUUGUUAGCAGUUUUAAAUUAUACAGAAUUCAAAGGCAAAUGAUACACGAAAAAUUUCUUUAUUUAUUUGCUCAUAAACAAAACAAGAGAAAAAUACGAAUUAUAGUGGUUUAUACAUAUUUCGAUCAUGAACAGCAAUUAAUAUAAUUCCUAGUUCUAAUUAUAUAUAAUAUUUUUUCUCAGGUUAAGGUGCUUAAUAUCUAAUAUAGUAUUUUACAUAUUUUGAUUUCUAUAAUGAAGCUCUUUUUUUUUUGCAGUGUGAUUUGCAUGUACAUUACACAAGAUAUAAUUGUUAUUCAUUAAUCUAAAUAUAUACAUAUAUGUUGUAAGAGAUA